UCGCCCUGCGGCCCCUGGAAGGGUGGGGGAUGGUUGAGGUCCUUGCCUUAACUUGGGCCCAUUUCUGACUCCAGCUACCUUCCUGUUAUUUUAUGUAGGAAGAAGGAUGUGACGGCGCCUACAGGGAAAAUGGCUGUCAUGGGGGGUUGGAAUGCAUCGGGGAGGAGGCUCUUCUUUUGCUUCUCUACUUUUCCAUACUCCCUCGUCGGCCUCCUCCUUUUCUACUUGUUCCGAAAGGGGUGUGGUUUUUGCUGGGAAAAUGGCCGACCUCUGAGGGUGGGUGCUGCAGGAAUGGGUGAGUGGACGCUGGGCUUGAAGAGGGCUGAUGUCAGCGGAGUCCUGAGAAGUAGGGGUUUGCAGGACCCAGUGGACUUCCAGGCAAGGAAGAGAAGGAAGAAAGUGCCUGAACCUGUAUGGGUGUAUGUGGGGGCACCACUACCCCCAGGACAUCUGGGGUUCCGCUGUACCUGUAGCUGCAGCAGGGCCUGCUGAAAACUCUGUCCCCAACAUAGGAGCACCCCUCCGGGCCAGAGCAAUCUCAUUCUGCCCCGGUUAAGAAUUCGGCUCAGACAUUGUCCCCAGCAUGGGCCGUACUCGGGAAGCUGGCUGCGUGGCCGCUGGUGUGGUGAUUGGGGCUGGCGCCUGCUACUGUGUAUAUAGACUGACCUGGGGAAGAGAUGAGAAUGAGAAAAUCUGGGACGACGAUGAUGAAGAUGAUGAGGAGGAAUCUAGUGAUAUUGUAGAGACUAGGAUUGAGAAUGGGAAAGGAGCUAAAGCUAAUGCUGGGAUGGGGUCUGAAGCUAGACUUCAGGGUGAUUCAAAGGUGAAGGCUGAGGUGGGCAUGGUACUUGAGAGUGGUUCAUAUGUAAAGGCAGAGGUCCACUUGGGGCCCCAGAGUGGAGGAGGCCUAGAGGCCAAGGCCAAAGCCCUUUUCAGCACCCUGAAGGAACAGGCAAGUGCAAAGGUGGGCAGGGGAGCCAGGUUGGGUACCAUCUCUGGGAACAGGACCCUUGCACCCAGUUUACCCUGCCCAGGGGGCAGGGGUGGAGGCUGUCACCCCACCAGGAGUGGCGCUAGGGCUGGGAGUAGGGCAAGUGGAAAAAACAAGGGAAGAACCCGAGGUAAGAGCACCAGGACUCCAGCUACAGCAUGGCCUGUUCGUAGGGGCAAGUUCAACUUUCCCUAUAAAAUUGAUGAUAUUCUGGGUGCUCCUGACCUUCAAAAGGUUCUUAACAUCCUGGAAAGAUCAAAUGAUCCUUUUAUUCAAGAAAUAGCCUUGGUCACUCUGGGUAACAAUGCAGCAUAUUCUUUUAACCAAAAUGCCAUUCGUGAAUUGGGUGGUCUUCCAAUUAUUGCAAAACUGAUAAAAACCAAAGAUCUUAUUAUUAGGGAAAAAGCUUACAAUGCCCUUAAUAACUUGAGUGUGAAUGCUGAAAAUCAGGGAAAGAUUAAGACCUAUAUCAGUCAAGUGUGUGAUGAUACCAUGAUCUGCCGCUUGGACUCAGCUGUGCAGAUGGCCGGACUAAGACUGUUAACUAACAUGACUGUGACUAAUCAUUACCAACAUUUGCUUUCCUAUUCUUUUCCAGACUUUUUUGCAUUGUUAUUCCUGGGAAAUUACUUCACCAAGAUUCAGAUUAUGAAACUAAUUAUAAACUUUACUGAGAAUCCAGCCAUGACAAGAGAGCUGGUCAGUUGUAAAGUACCAUCAGAAUUGAUUUCCCUCUUUAAUAAAGAGUGGGACAGAGAGAUUCUUCUUAAUAUCCUUACUCUAUUUGAAAAUAUAAAUGACAACAUAAAAAGUGAAGGACUUGCAUCAUCUAAGAAAGAAUUCAGCAGAAGUUCACUUUUUUUCUUAUUCAAAGAAUCUGGAGUGUGUAUUAAGAAAAUCAAGGCAUUAGCAAAUCACAAUGAUCUGGUAGUGAAAGUAAAAGUCCUAAAAGUAUUGACCAAACUUUAAUUGGGUGUAUGUCCCAAACAAUAUCGAGAUAAUUGUUUAGUUUGCACUUGGGAACAAUGCAUUUUGUAAAUUCUUUGUUUGCCAUUGUGCUUACAUGGCAAAGAGAUCCUUUCAGCUGCCAUUUUGGAAUAAUGAAUAUCAAGGAUCAUCAAGAGUGAUGAUGGUUGUGGUGGUUGGUUUUAGGCUGUACCAUUUUAAGGAUGCCAAAUGAAUACUAGAGCUUGUAUAAAGAAAGCACUUAUCGAUUCCAUCUUGCUACCUAGACUGAGGUAUUUUUUGCUCUUUCCUUUACCUAAUUUGACAGCAAACUAAUUAUAAAUAAGCUACACUUUUGUAUUGGUUUACAUUUGUUAAUCUUAGACUUGUGUUUCAUCAAUAAAGUUGUGUGUUUUAACCAGAAAAAAGUA